AUGUCUACCGCGAAAUCUGCACAGGCAGGCGAGUCGUCAAACUCGGCGUCAAAGGCCGCCCUCGCCCGGGCCACAAACGGAAGCGCAACCUACGAACUUCCCUGGGUUGAAAAGUACAGACCCGUCUUCCUCGAUGAUGUAGUCGGAAACACGGAAACGAUAGAGCGCCUGAAGAUCAUCGCGAGAGAAGGCAACAUGCCCCACGUCAUUAUCUCGGGUACGCCAGGUAUCGGAAAGACGACAAGUAUUCACUGUCUAGCGCGACAACUCCUUGGCGAUGCCUACAAAGAAGCUGUACUAGAACUAAAUGCCAGUGACGAGCGAGGUAUCGACGUUGUGAGGAACCGAAUCAAGGGUUUCGCCCAGAAAAAGGUCACACUUCCCGCCGGUCGCCAUAAGCUCGUCAUUCUCGACGAAGCCGACAGCAUGACAUCGGGCGCGCAGCAGGCCCUCCGCCGAACCAUGGAGAUCUACUCGAACACGACCCGCUUCGCUUUCGCGUGCAACCAGUCCAACAAGAUUAUCGAGCCCCUGCAGUCCCGUUGCGCGAUCCUGCGCUACUCCCGGUUAACCGACGCCCAAGUCGUCAAGAGGCUGCUGCAAAUCAUCGAGGCCGAAAAGGUCGAGUACAGCGAUGACGGCCUAGCUGCCCUCGUCUUCAGCGCCGAGGGUGAUAUGCGACAAGCCAUCAACAACCUCCAAUCUACGUUUGCCGGUUUCGGUUUCGUCCAAGCCAUGCUCAAGGCCUGCUACGAGAGCAACGUGGAUGCCGCCCUCGAUGGUUUGAGGGAGCUAUGGGACCUAGGCUAUUCGAGUCACGAUAUCAUCAGUACCAUGUUCAAAGUGACCAAGACGAUAGAUACCCUCAGCGAGCACUCGAAGCUGGAGUUCAUCAAGGAGAUUGGCUUCGCUCAUAUGAAGAUCCUGGAAGGUGUGCAGACGCUUCUGCAGCUUAGCGGCUGUGUUGUAAGGCUGUGUAAGCUCAACAUGGACCCCAAGAAAUUCGAAAUCUCGUCAAAAAACAUUUCCACCUUCUCAUUUGUCAUGUCCGUGCUCUGCUACACGAAUAUUGUGUCCAUCUAUCGAGUACUAUGGCAUGUAGACUACAUUUUCAAGUUCGUGCCCGAGAUCUGGCGCCUCCCAACAUCGUUCCUCCUUACCCGUCCUGACUGGGGUAUGCUGUUCGAUACGUACUUCCUGUACAAGUACCUCUCAGAACUUGAGAAGGGCAACCCGCGGUUCCCUAAGCUUGAGGACAUCCUCUGGUAUCUCAUCUACGUCGCCCUGAGCAUUGUGACCCUCAACGAGUUCGCCUGGCGCUUCACUCCGAUCCUCUCGGGUCCUUAUUACACCUUCAUUUCUGGCCUCAUCAUGGCCCUCUGCUACACUGUUCAUCAGGACCAGCGGGGUCAAAUGGCCACCUUUUUCGUUUUCCCCGUCCCCGCCCAACUCGUCCCCUACCUCAUGAUCGCCUCUUCCCUCGUCAUGGGCGGCGUCGAUGCCAUCCCCCUCCAGAUCGGUGGUCUCCUUGUCGCUCACUCGUGGGACUUUGGCCGCCGCCUCUGGCCCGAGUUUGCCGGUGGCCGCUGCCUCCUCCCCACUCCUUUCUUCCUCUCGUACCUCGUCGGUACGCCUCGCGUCCUCAAGCGCGACUAUGGCUCGGCUUACCACCCCACGGGUGGAGAACCCAGCACCGGAAGGACCACCGGCAUGGCCCCCGGUCGCGGUCCUUUGCCCGCCGAGUGGGAGUCGAGGGGCCCUGGCCGCAGGCUCGGGUAA